AGAACACUUGUCAUUCUCUUGCCGCUCCGUUUCCCCUCCACGUCGACUGAAUCCAAAACGUGGCGAGUGGUGGUGCGUCGAACGAGAAGCCCAGAGGCUCAAGUAUGACCUGGCUGACACGUGGCACUCUUGUAUGUUAUAUGACCGUCUUCUCUCUUUCUUUUCUUCCUUCUUUCACUCCAUAGCUUUACUAAGUCACCCUACCUUAGAGGAAAUUGAGUCUGAUGUCGGAGGCGGAGCUGCUUCAAUAAUUCAAUUCAAUUUCCUUUGGUCUCUGUCCAUGGUUUGACUCCAAGUUCUCAUUCUCGUUCCCUUUCUGUGUCAAGUCAAUGGCUGUUGAGGAAGGAAAGAGCAGAGGAGGAGGUAGGGUUUCGUCUCCGGCGGAAAACUCCACCGCCACCGGAGAAAGAUGUUCUGGUGCGUGCUCUUCGUCGUCGACUGGUGUGCUUUCUGGUGAUAACUCCAAAUGUGGCACGGAUCGGAUGGUGAAGAUCGAGCUCGACGCCGCCAGAGCUCUGGCGGAUUUUGCUCAGUUAGCACUGCUAGAGAGAGAAAACCCUAAUGAUGACUCCGGCGGGAAAUGGGGGAACAAAGGGAGGAGGUCGCGGAAGAGAUCUAAGAAUGGUUCUCCAGCAAGUGACUGGGGGAGAUCAGAAAUUCAGAGCUCCAAGCUAAGAUCUUUGGAUCUUUCCAAGCAGGAGGGAUUAAUGGUGGGUCAGAGCAAGCGUAGAAGGGCAUGUAAAGCUGUAGUAAUGAAUACAGUAAAGGUUGAACAGGAAUCCAAAUCAACUGGUCAACCUCCGUGUCCCACAAGUUAUGUGUCAUUUGGUAGUGGCAGGUCAAAGCAAAAUUUGACUGAGGCUGAGAAGGAAGCACGGAGACUACGCAGGAUUUUAGCAAAUAGAGAAUCUGCUAGGCAGACAAUUCGCCGUAGACAGGCCUUCUGCGAGGAGUUAACCCGAAAAGCAGCAGAUCUAACAUGGGAUAAUGAAAAUAUGAAACAGGAAAAGGAGUUGAUCAUGAAAGAAUAUCAGUCACUGAAGGACAAAAACGAACAAUUAAAAGCACAGAUGGUCAAGACAAUAAUGGCUGAGGUUAAGGAAACUCCUGAAGAAACUUCUUCUAUCCAAGGCGAUGUAUCGACAUCUUCAUCUACAGAACUGCCAUUGCUAGUAUACAACAGACCACCAUUGUUUCCACCCUUUAUUUGGCCUCCCAUCAUUCAUCCUUUAAACCCCAUGCAAAUGCCAGUUGUUCCUGAAAAUGCAAGCAUACAAAAAGAUCUCAUGCCAUUUAACUAUGAGCCGGGUUCAUCAAAUGAACGAGGAAACCUCCCUAGUAUUAGUGGGCCAAGAGCCCCCUUCUAUAUAAUACCUUGCCCGUGGUUCCUCCCUUUUCCUGACCAUGGGAACCAACUCCAUUCACAACCCCUGGAUUCCUGUGGCUUGAAGGAAAAGCAAGAUGAGAACUCCAUUGACAACCAACUUGAUGAGGGAUCUUCUUCAAAGGCAAUGGGAGAUGUAGGUAAUUAUCACCAGUCUUCGCCGAAAGAGUUAAAAGCAGAUGCUGUUUCGUCUACAGAAGCAAACACCAACACCACAAACACUCAUCCUGAGUCAUCAAUUGGGUUCCCAACAGAACUCAUAGGACCUCACCCUCAAGGAGUGGUCCUUACUCCUGUGCCCCUUAGAUCAGUCAAACCCACUUUUACUGUGAAGUGUGAGGAUGAGUCCCUAACAGAUUCUGUAUUCCAAGUGGAGGCUGUUUCUUCCGCAGCCAGUUAUAUUGCUAGUCCUUUGCCUGAAAAGUUGCAGGGAGCUGUUGUGUACCCGAACAAGAAAAUGGCAGAUGCUUCUGCUGCUGCUGAGGCUAGAAAGAGGAGGAAGGAGCUAACAAAGUUAAAGAACCUCCAUGGUCGCCAAUUCCGGCUGCAUUGUUGAGCCCCGACAAAGUUUUGGUGAAGUCAAUGAACAAAACUGGUUUCUGAUGUUAGAGCCCAAUCCAUUGCUGGUCUCUGGAAGUCUUGGUGGUGGUGGUUCUCAUAUUGCAGGUUAAUUUCUCGAGGAUCAUAAAAGUUUCUUCGAUUAUACAAGUACGCAGAGUUAUGAUUGGCUACACCUUUUUAUGAUCUCGGUUCAACUGUUGAAGCCUUUUAGAGAUCCGUUGCCUCCAGUAGUGGGUACACUAACAUGAUUGUAGUUUUUAGAGUUCCCUUGGGGUUUGAAAAUUUAGAAUUUCAAGUUGUAUAAUGUGAAGGUUGUUAAUGAGAUGGUUUAUAGCUCAAGUGUAUUACUUGGGAGAGAGAGCAUCAAAUUUUUGCCGUACUGUAUCCAAAAGGAGAGCAGAGAUUAGAAUGAAGAGUUAUCUUUCCCCAAUAAGCAUCUUCCAAUCUUUCCAUAUUGAAAAUUCAGGGGUCAUGAGGAAGUGUACAACAGUGGACUAUGGUGUACAUGGACAUAUAUGGGAUGCAUGUCAAUGCAAGAGAUGUGAUUUGAUUGAAUUGGAUUCUGAAAUUUGGCACAGGAUUGGUCCAAAGAGUUACAUUUCAUCAGAUUGUCAGAAUAGAUACAUUAUGUCUUAGAAUCACAUUUUUUUUCAAUAAGUUUGUUGUAGUUUUCGGUAAUUUGAGCAUUAUGAAGGUUUCAUUCGGUAA